GCUGCGUCCUAGAACUCUUAUUUAUUCAUUGGAUGAUGUGACAAGUUUUACACGGACGUCCGUAGAAUAAACAGCUUUUCAACACUUUGUAGAUUGACUAGAGUCGACGAACACUUAUGUGACCAUGGCAUCUUGUAAAAGAAUCUAUUCUUUAUUUUUGGUUGGUUGUAGUUUAUUCUCUAUCGGCAUAAUUGGUCAAGCGGUUGGUGCUGUAGUCGAAUGCAUACAAAAUGAAAAAACUCAUUGUAGUUGCACCAUGUCGGACGGUAGCGGGCGCUAUGACCUUACAGCACUAUCUGGAAAACCAAACGAACCAUUUUUCCCAAACAUCGCAGGAAGAACCGACCACUCUGAGACAUAUUCUUAUGAUCCAUGUGUCCCCUACACCUUAAAACCUGUCUCUGGAAGCGAACAAGGGUCGUGUGAAGGUGUUGCAGGAUGCCGGAAAACUACUGAUGGUUCUACGUCGACGACGACGUACUUCGGCAUUGCCAAGCAUUUUUCUGUGGUGUUUCAUUACGAUUCAGUUACACAGCAACUUAUUUUGAAAUAUACAAAUGAGGAUAUUUUUCAUCCAUUCACCACGGAGGUAGACCUGAAGUGCUCACCCUCUGCCGCUAACUCUGUUACCCUUGAACAUGCAGAGGAUGAUGCUGUGUUAUUCAGGCUUCAUUCUCCCCAUGCGUGUUUAGUAGGUGACGGACUGAGCUUUGGAAGUAUCCUCUGCAUCAUUUUCAGCUUGCUUGUCGUUCUUUACUUUGCUGGAGGUGCUCUCUUUUUAGUCUUCGUUCAGAACAAGCCCGUGAACGAAGCCAUCCCGAAUAAAGGCUUCUGGAUGGAGUUGCCCAGUCUCAUAACAGACGGAGCUAAAUUUGCAUCUAACGGGUUUAAAUCCGAGCCAGCCACGCAUCAUCGACUCGAAAACGUUGACGUGGAUAUUGACGACGAAGAUGAAGACAUUGUUCUUAAGGGUGGAGGAUCCGCAGGAGUAGGCAUUGUGUAUUAGGAGCAAAAGAUGUAUUCAGAUCAUACUGACUGUGAUUUCCAUCUGGGCAGUCGGAUGGCUUCACAGCAGUCCCAGUUUGAGAGUCUUCUCCUGUACUACCCAGCGGGAUCUGGCGUCCUUUAUGAAGCAUUCAAGAAAACCAGGAGUACAUGAAUUGAGAAGUGAAUCAAGCCCAUGUCCAAGUCUUUAAACGCGAACAGAGUUCUACCCGUAGACCUUAUGCAUUGACGUCAUCCAGCCGCCAUCUUAGAGGAAAAACGGUGACGAAACAAUCGAGACGCACGGAU